GCUCCAAUGGCCUCCAAUAGUGAGGCUACCUAUUAUAAUAGUACACCAACGAAUCAAUUCAAUUAGUAUUUUUUAGUAAUCAGUUGCCACUUCCCAUUUAUUGACUGAAUAGUGUUAGUUUUAAACUACCAUAUUCAAAACCCUCUCAAUUCUUUGACCUUUUAAUUUACCCACAACCCAUUUCUUUUCUGCUUUUAUAUAUAAAUGGAUUAAGCAACCGUCUUUUUGAGUUUCUAAUAGCAACCCACAAAUUCUUUUCACUGAUCUUGUACAAUCACACCAUCAAAUCCUUCAAUUUCAUAGUUUUUGAUAAAGGGAAUGCAUCCAAGUUGACUAUAUAUUGAACUAUAGAAAGAUUAAAUCAAGUCUUGAUAAGUUCAUUUAUAAGCUUUUUUUUCAGAUCAUCAUGGAGGACACAAGUACAGUUAGCCGAAGCGGAGAUAGAGGACUCAAACUUCAUGAAACAAAUGUAGUAGUAGAGCAGAUAUCUAGUCCAUUAAGAAAAGAUGUAGUUAACAGGUCGUCUUUUACAAUGAGGUCUCAUGAAAAUGAUGAAAUUGACCUGGAAGGUGCAAAGUUGGAAAAGGACAGAGAUAAGACAACACGUAGUAAUAGAGCUUUUAAAAUACAAAAUAAGGCCUUAUUAUCUGGCUUUGCAUAUUGCAUUUCCUCCUGCAGCAUGAUUCUUGUGAAUAAAUUUGUACUUUCCAGCUAUGAUUUUAAUGCUGGGAUAUCUUUGAUGUUGUACCAGAACUUUAUCUCAGUAAUUAUCGUGUCAUCAUUGAGUUUUCUGGGCAUAGUAUCAACUGAGCCACUGACGUGGCGUUUGAUCAAAGUCUGGUUGCCUGUGAAUGUUAUAUUUGUUGGGAUGCUUGUUACUAGCAUGUUCAGUUUGAAAUAUAUUAAUGUAGCCAUGGUCACAGUUCUGAAGAAUGUUACUAAUGUAAUAACUGCCGUUGGUGAAAUGUAUCUAUUCAAUAAGCACCAUGACAACAGAGUAUGGACUGCUUUGUUUUUAAUGAUAAUUUCAGCAAUUUCUGGAGGGAUUACGGAUCUGUCUUUUCACGCCAUAGGCUAUGCAUGGCAGCUUACCAAUUGUUUUCUAACUGCAUCUUAUUCUCUGACUUUACGUAGGGUCAUGGAUACUGCAAAGCAAGUCACUAAAUCUGGCAACUUGAAUGAGUUCUCCAUGGUUUUGCUAAAUAACACUUUAUCAUUGCCUUUAGGCAUUAUUCUUAUUUUCAUUUUCAAUGAGGUGGAAUAUCUUUAUACAACACCGCUCUUGAGGUUACCCGUCUUCUGGCUGGUAAUAACUCUAAGUGGAUUCUUAGGUCUAGCAAUCAGCUUCACUUCUAUGUGGUUUCUUCAUCAAACUAGCGCUACCACAUACAGCCUUGUGGGAUCACUCAACAAGAUUCCUCUGUCUAUCACUGGCAUAGUUCUGUUCAAAGUACCUACCAGUUUGGAAAAUUCCGCUAGCAUCUUCUUCGGUUUAUUAGCCGGAAUAUUUUUCGCACGAGCCAAAAUGCGGGAGAGAUCAUAGGCCCGACUAUUCUAACUAACAUGAUAAGACUACGCGUCUGGAUGAACUUCAUUUGCAGAACUUCAUAGCAGUUGAUGUAGUUAUUCUGGACAGAGGGAAAUAGACAAUGCAUUCGGGUGGUACUAAAAUUCCAUUGCUGAGCAGUAAUGCUGCGGCACCAGUCUAUACAGUUUUGUUGUAUUUGAAAAUGCUGCCACUGAAAUUUGCAUUUUUCACUGGGAAGCUCAUGUUUUUAAUAUGUAUGAUUAUGAGGUGUUUUAGGGGUGUUAUGUAUCAUGGUCAUAUGAUUAAUUUAUGCAAACCGAUUGCUAAUUUAAUUAUUAUCUGUACUAGUCGUAAGUCCGCGUAUUUACGCGGAAUCAAA